CUUUAUAACUUGGAAGUGCUUUCCUUCUCUGCUUCCUUUUCGUCUCCAAGCUCACCCCUUUAUUUUUAUUUGUUCUUUCUUUGUUUCUCUCUGUCUCUCUUUUCUCUUAUCAUUAUAAAUAGUAUAUGCACACACCCAGACACUGCCAUUACAUUCCAUUAUCCAUACACCCAUUUCCGUAAAAGCAAAACCUCUCUUACAAAUCUAUAACAUUAACAAUUUGUUGGUCAUCGUUACCGAGAGAGACGCCUCAUUAAUUUUUGCAGACUUGUUUUCUUGUUUGUGUUUAAAACCAGAAGACGGGUACACCAAUGGGUUGGAUAGAUAACACUUGGGUGUUAAAGUUGCUGUUUCUACUAUUUACUUUCUUUGUUUAUGAAACGGCAGCGUACGGAGAGCCUCAGCUACUACAACAACAACAAAAACAGCAGCAUGAGUACCGGCCGCGGCACAGAAACGCUUAUGCUACGAUGAUGUACAUGGGAACCCCAAGAGACUAUGAGUUCUAUGUGGCUACACGUGUCUUGAUCAGAUCCCUUUCUAAGUUACACGUGGACGCUGAUCUUGUCGUCAUUGCCUCCAUCGACGUUCCUCUCCGUUGGAUUCAUGCUCUCGAACAAGAAGAUGGAGCAAGGGUGGUGAGAGUAGAAAAUGUGAAUAAUCCAUACAAAAACCAACCCCAUUUUGACAGGAGGUUCAAGUUAACAUUGAACAAACUCUAUGCAUGGAGCCUUGUUGACUAUGACAGAGUGGUUAUGCUUGAUGCUGAUAACCUCUUCCUCCGAAAAACUGAUGAGUUGUUCCAAUGUGGACAAUUCUGUGCAGUCUUCAUCAACCCUUGCAUCUUCCAUACUGGCCUCUUCGUGUUACAGCCAUCAAAGCUGGUGUUUAAAGACAUGCUUCAUCAGUUGGAAAUCGGAAAAGACAACCCUGAUGGUGCAGACCAGGGUUUUAUUGGUGGUUAUUUUCCUGACCUGCUUGACAAGCCAAUGUUCUAUCCCCCUGCUAAUGGCACUGCACUUGAAGGAUCCUACAGACUUCCUUUAGGCUACCAAAUGGAUGCUACUUAUUAUUAUCUCAGACUCAGGUGGAACGUGCCCUGUGGGCCUAAUAGUGUUAUUACCUUCCCAGGUGCACCAUGGUUAAAACCAUGGUACUGGUGGUCAUGGCCUGUUCUGCCACUAGGCCUUCAAUGGCAUGAACAGCGUCUUCAAAGUCUCGGAUAUGCAGCAGAGCUGCCCAUGGUAUUUAUUCAAUCCAUAAUAUACAUAGGAAUAAUUGCAGUGACACGUCUAGCUAGACCAAAUAUCUCCAAGCUUUGUUACCGGCGAACAGACAAGAAUAUCUCCUUAAUACAAGCCGGUCUCAAAUUGAUAGCAAUAUGGUCAAUCCUGGCAGCAUAUGUACUUCCCUUCUUUAUUAUUCCUUGUACAAUUCAUCCACUACUUGGCUGGGCACUGUACUUGCUGGGUUCAUUCGCGCUGUGCUCUAUAGCUAUCAAUGCGUUUAUGCUGCCAAUGGUGCACGUCUUGACUCCUUGGUUAGGGAUAUUUGGGGUACUUCUGGUCAUGGCUUUCCCUUGGUAUCCAGAUGGGGUUGUAAGAGCUUUAUCCAUAUUCGGCUAUGCUUUCUGUUGCGCACCUUUUGCCUGGGUAUCAUUAGUCAAGGUCAUGGCAUGUCUUCAAGUAUCACUUGAAAGGGAAGUUUUCUUUCCCAGAUUGGGUGAAUCUUCACCGCCUUCUGGAUUCAAUAAGUUGUACUAAUGACGAAAUAUAUUGACUUCAGUAAUGUAAUCUCAGGGACUUGAGAGGAUCAUCUUCUUGAUCCUUGACAGAUUGAUUGUCUUUGGGGAAGGAAUGAUAAUAGGGGAAGUUGAUUUUACAUAAAGCUUCCUUGGCAUUUGUACCAUCAAAUUGUAACAUUUAAGCAAGAGGAGGGCUCGGAUCCACCCUCCUCCCGUAGAAGAAUGCCUGUGAUAUUGGCAUAUGAUUGUUUCAUUGAAUUCAUACCAUAGUCAAGGAGGUUCUUGCCUCCUGGCUUUUUGAUUA